CGCCCGCCGCCCGCGCUGCGGCUCGGUCGCGCCGGCCCCGCGGGCUCCCGCUGCCGCCACCAUGCAGCCCCCAGCUCUCAGCAUCCUCCUGCUCAUCGCCUGCUUCGGCAGCGCCUGGGGAAACCUCUCCCGCGACGAGAGCCAGCCCACGACGUCAGACGAGACCGUGGUGGCCGGGGGCACGGUGGUGCUCAAGUGCCAGGUGGAGGAUCCCGAUGAUUCCUCGCUCCAGUGGUCCAACCCUGCCCAGCAGACCCUGUACUUCGGGGAAAAACGAGCCCUGCGGGAUAACCGGAUCCAGCUGGAGCGCUCCACGCCCAAUGAGCUGACCAUCAGCAUCAGCGACGUGGUGCUGGCCGACGAGGGCGAGUACACCUGCUCCAUCUUCACCAUGCCCGUCAGGACGGCCAAGGCGCUGGUCACCGUGCUGGGAAUCCCCCAGAAGCCCCAGAUCUUCGGCCACGAGCAGCCCAUCGAUGAGGAGAAGGUGGCGCGGCUCAUCUGCCGCUCCUCCGGCAGCAAACCCGCGGCACAGCUGCGCUGGAGGAAGGGCAACAGGGAGCUCAAGGACUCGGGCACCGAUGUGGUGGAGGACCCCAACGGCAAAACCUUCACAGUGACCAGCAGGGUGGAGUUCCGUGUCACCAAGGAGGACAACGAGGUCGAGGUCACCUGCACGGUGGACCACGAGUCCCUGCAGAACUCAGAGAGGUCAACCACGCAGAAGCUGCAGGUCCACUACAAGCCGACGGCGAAGAUCGAGCCCCACCCACAGUACCCGCGGGAGGGGGAGAAGCUGCAGCUGCAGUGCGACGGGCAGGGCAACCCCAUCCCGCAGGAAUUCCUCUGGGAGAAGGAGGGCAGCGACGCUCCCCUGCAGCUCAGCUCCGACAGCGUCCUCAUCUUCCCCUUCCUCAACAAGAGUGACAGUGGCACCUACGUGUGCACGGCCACCAGCUCCAUGGGCAGCGUGGUGGCCAAGUACAACCUGGACGUCAGCGACGCCAGCCCGGUGCCCUCCACCUCCAGCACCUACCACGCGAUGAUCGGCGGGGUGGUGGCUGUCAUCGUCUUCCUGCUGCUCAGCCUGCUCAUCGUGCUGGGACAUUACCUGAUCAGGCACAAAGGUUUGUGCCCAGGCUCUGGGGACACGGUGACACCCCGCCAUCGGCCAUCCCCUAUGGUGAUGUGCACGUACCUGACCCACGAGGCCAAGGGCUCGGACGAUGCUCCGGACGCCGACACCGCCAUCAUCAACGCCGAGGGCGGCCAGGCCGGCGGCGACGACAAGAAGGAAUAUUUCAUCUAAAGGGGGUCAGAAAGAGAGAAAGAGAGAGAGAGAGAGAAAAAUGGAGCCAAGAGAACCCCGAUGGCAACGGCAACCAGACCACAAACCCCACAAAACCCAACAGAUUUUCUCUGGCGCCCGGCACGGGCGGACGGACGGACAGAGGGAUGGCGGGACAGAGAGCAGGGAGAGCCACCGGCCUCGAGGCGCUGCCGACGCUUCUUGAACUUUGUACAAAUCACCUGACAGCGAAGAGCCCCGGCCCCGUUUGCUUGCUUGCACCUCCAUCCCCACACCCCCCCCAACCCACAGACCAAGCUGUGAGUGAGCGAUUCCUUCUCUUCCUUCUUCCUUUGGACCUUUUUGCUUUUGGUUUUGUGGCUGCUCUUUGCUUCGGGCCCUUGGUUGGGGUGUUGGGCUGGGGUCGAUGUAGCUCUUCCCUUUGUUUCUCUCCGUUUUGGUUUCUUUGAUAUCCAAGGAUAAAAUCAGCUCCAGGGUGAGUUUGGGACCCUGGGUGUUCCUGUUGUCCCCUCCCCUCCAGUGCUGGGGGUGACUCCAGCUGGGAGCAGAGCGAGACCCUGCCCCAAUUUUAUCCUUGGUGGUUCUUGUGGAGCAGUGUCCAUGCGGGAGCAGAGCUGUCCUCGUGCAGUCAGUGUGUGAAAGGGGGUGAAAGUCCAGGGUGGAACCCCCAGAGAGGCCAGGAGCCCCCCACAGCUCCCUGGUCCCACCCCAGUGGGAGGGGGGAGGGCUGAAGUUUAUUUUGGAGGGGGCAAAUCCAGAAGGAAAAAGCCCCCAUUUUUAAAAAACUUUUCCUAAAUUCUCUGAUUGGAAAUACCAAUUUGAACCAUCUAUUGAGAUGUUCAGUGCAGGAGGCAGCACCCCUGGGGCUGGGGCUGCUUUCCUGGGACCCCCAGAGCAGGGGUGGGGCUCUGCUGGGGUCUCUGUGCCCCCCUUCCCUCCCCAGCCCCUCCCCAGGGCAGAGAUGAGCUUGGAAAGGGCUGAUUUUCCUCUUUGCUCUGAGAGCCCCAAAAUGGAUUUGGGGUCUGGGGAGUUUGGGUGUCCCCACAGAGGCUUGGGGGUGGCUCAUCCUUCCUCCUUGCCCUUCCUCCUGCCUCUUUCACCAUCACUUCCAAGACAAAACCAAACACCUUUCCUAACCUGGCCCCCCAAACACACACCCUUGGGAUGGGGCUGCUCCCCCCAGCACGGUCAGGACACCCCCAGCCUUGGGAUGAGGUUUCCUGGGAUCCCAAAUCCCAAUCUGGACACAAGGGGGGGUUGCAGGAGCUGCCCUUGGGUUGGGCACCCCGUGGGUUUGGGGUGGUCUGGAGGAGGGCAGCCCUUUGGGAGGGGGGUAACCUCACCUGGGAGGUCACCCCAGGGAUCUGGGGUGGUCUGGAAGACGAGGGGGCCCUUGAGGAAGGAGUGAAAGUCCUUGGGGUGGGAAACCUCACCUGGGAGGUGGGGAAGAAUUUUACCACCUCUUACCCCCUCCAAACCCUGCCAGCACCUGGCACUGGGUCACCUGUGGGGUGUGAGUGGGGCUGGGGCUGAGGUGAGGCAGAGGAGGCCCAGCUCAGUGCCAGGCAGUGAGGGAGGUGACCUUGGGGACACUUUGGAUGUGACCAGGCUCCUGUGGCUCAGCCGUGUGGCAGGAGCGCUGUCAGUACUGGGAGGGAGCAGCACACGGAGCUUUUGGGGUUUCCUUUGCUGGGCACAGCCGUUUUUGGGGUGCUUUUCCUCCCUUCCCACCUCUUGGAGUGGGAGAUGUGAGCCUGGAGCCCCCAGAGCAGCUCUGAGCUCGGGUGGGGGAUGAAUCCUGGGGCUGCCAAGGCUGUCACCGAGGUCCCCACAACUGAGUCAUUCCUGCAAAUAAAAACAGCCAGAUGUGUUCUCAAGGACAAUUCCAUCUCUUUGGGGGCUGGAGGGAUCCCGGGCAGAGCCCCAGCCCUGGGAGCUGCCAGGGGAGUGGGGUGGGUGGUCCCUGGGGCAGGGACAGGAAGGGCUUUUCCCUCUUGGAAUUCAGUUUCUCCCUGGUUCCACUGCUCCAGAGCUGCUCCAAGGUGCCAGGGAGAACAGCCUGGGUUUGAUGUUUUUGAGGUGCCAUGGUGUUUUUGGUGUUUUUGGUGUGGGGUGUGGCAGGGCAGCCCGGGCAGGGACCUGUGGAGGUGUCGGUGUCACCUGGGGGACCUGCUGAGGUCACAGAGAGAGGCUGGGAGGGGUCAGAGAAUCCAUCUGAGGCAUUUCUGCCUGCAGGAAACAAAGGGUUUGGUGGAUGUGGGAGCAGUGGACGAGAUUUGUGUCACACUGGGGGUGACAGGAGCACCAGGUGACACCAGAGUGAGGCCGUGGGGUGACAGGGACCCUCCCAACUUGGGAGGAUUCCAGGUGGAAGCUGUGACUGGGACACUCUGGGUCACAAUGGAGAAGCCACCUGGGGAGAAGGAGUCUGGGAAAGGCCCUUUUGGGGUCACUGUGUCACCCUUGGGGGGUGACAGACACCCCAUGUCCCAGGUGGGCAGGUGCUGGGUGGCCUGGGGACAUCCAGGGGAUGUGGGGGUGACGGGGUGGGGGUGUGACCCCUGUCCUCACCCCCUCGGGCGUUGGUGACACCCAAGAGCGGUGUGACAGCUGAGCAGGGCUGCGUGUGACACCAAGAGAGGAGGUGGCAGGCUCGGUGUCACCGUGUCUGGGAGAGCCCAGGCCACCAGCAGGUCCUCGUUGGUGGCCCCACCCAGUCCUGGGGUUGGGCGGGGAGGAUCCGAACUGGGCGAGGAGGACUCGGGACCCCCCGGUGGCUGCAGCCACUGAACUCUCAAUAGACACGAAAGCCAUAUUUGGGGAGCUCUGGAGAGGCCGGGGGGCAGAGGCUGGGCUGUGUUGUUGUGCUGUGUUUUUGUCUGUACAUAAAGGGAGCCAACGACCGUCGAUGUGACUUUAUAACCUUUCUAAUAUCCUGUGCUAAUCUCGGAAAAUAAUCCUAUAAAUAUAUCUGGAUUACACACGUUA